CCGACGGAGCGGAAUUCACCGAGGGGCUGCAUUGCAGACCCAGACACGCAGCAGACAAAAGGGACGCGGUGACGCCUGCAGCUCCCCGGCACAAAGAGCUGGUCCAGCAGUGAGCCCCCUCCAUCAUCCAUCCAUCCUCGGCAGAUGCUGGACACCAUCAGCAGCCAGUACGAUUCCUUCAUCUACUGGAGGAUGCCGAUCCCACAGCUGGACGUGGCGGAGCUGGAGGGCCUGGGGCUCAGUGACGUGGCCCUCUACAAACCCAAGGGAGGGCUGGGCAAGCUCGUCGGUGAGCAGGAUGAGGCCCGCCAGGACAUCUGCCAAGAAGAGGACGGUCUGCUGCAGUUCAACAGCUUUAACUUCUGGAGAGCUCCUAUCGCCAGCAUUAGCUCUUUAGAUUUCGACCUAAUUUGAAGCCUUCCUUUCUGCCCCUCCUCACCCCCCCUGCCCUCUCCCUCUCUGCUAGGCUAUGUCAGGAUUCGGUUUUGGUGUCGGUUUGGAGGCUGGGGUUUUUGUGUUGUCGCCAGGCAGCGUCUGACAUCGUCAAUUAACGUUAAGGAAAUGGUUCACCCUGGCCCUGACAGAAAUGAGCUCCCCACAAAGCUUCAACCCUUCUCCCUCUUGUCCUCCCUCCUUGCGCUACCGCUGGUAACACCACAGCAGUGCGAGCAGGGGGUAACGGGACAGGGGGCAAAUACAAGGGGAGGGGACAGAAACAGCCACCCCAUUGCCCCACAUGCA